AUGUCCUCAUCCCAUUCGCACCCCCUCCUCGAAACCUUCAAAUCCACCCACCCCAAUUCGAAGCCGUCGUACGGAGUCUGGCUAACACUCCCCGGCACCUUCAACGCGCGCACCAUCGCACAAGCAAGCCACGACCUCGGAUGGAUCCUUAUCGAUUGCGAGCACGGGCUGGUCCCGCUCGUUCCAGGCGCUGCAGAGACGAUCGCUGCUAUCAAAGGCACCCGUACCAUUACCAAUCCCAGCUCAAAUGGGAGUCCUGACUCUAGGGUAUCUGCACCAAGUACAAUUGUGAGGAUCCCUGCGACCGGCGCUUCGGAUAGCACGAGUUGGCAGAUCAAGUAUGCGUUGGAUGCGGGUGCGGAUGGGGUGCUUGUGCCCAUGGUAUCAACCGCAGCCAAAGCAAGAGAAGUGGUGCAAGAAGCCAAAUUCCCUCCCCAAGGCCGGCGGGGCUUCGGGAGCCCAUUCACACAUACCCUAUGGGGCCUCUCGACACCCGACUACCUCGCCUCCGCCAACCACUCCUCCUUGGUCAUAGUCCAGAUCGAAACGAAGGAAGCUGUGGACAACGUGGAGGAGAUCGCCAACGUCGAGGGCAUAGACGCCCUGUUCAUUGGUCCUUACGACCUCUCCAUCUCGCUUGGGUACCCUCCUCCCUCCCCGGUGUCGGCUAGGUACUAG